CCUCCCUGCCCAUCGUCUUCUCUCUCUCUCUCUCCCUCCCCCUCCCCGCGGCCCCAGCCCGCCCCUUUUCUCUGGCGUUCGGCUGCUUCUUUCCUCUUCAUUUGUUCUCUCAAGCUCCGCUGUUGCUUGUUCUUCGAGGAUUUUGAAGCACUCGUGGUCAAUUUACAUAGAAAGGUCGGCGGCUGGUGAAUCACGUAGUGAUGACUUGUUUCUCUUUCUUGUUCAGUCGAAAGCUGGAUUCAUCUUCAAAAUUCUGCUUGGAAGUAGAUGAAGUUUCAGGCAUUCACAAUGUUAACUUCUUCAGUUACAAGGAAUUGAGGCGCACCACUGAUGAUUUCAGUGAUUCCAAUAAGAUUGGGGAGGGUGGUUUUGGCUCAGUAUACAAGGCACGACUCAAAGGUGGGUUGCACGCUGCAGUGAAAGUUCUUUCGGCUACAUCAAGCCAAGGUGUUGAUGAAUUCGUGACAGAGAUCAAAGUGAUCUCCAAGAUUGCGCAUGAGAAUCUAGUUAAACUCUAUGGUUGCUGCGUGGAACAUGACCAGCGAAUACUGGUGUACAACUAUCUGGAGAACAACAGCCUUGCACAUACUCUUCUAGGAAAAAAUCCAAACAAUAUACAGUUCACUUGGCGUACAAGAUAUAGAAUUGGCAUUGGGGUUGCAAGGGGCCUCGCCUACCUCCACGACGCAAUACAGCCUCACAUUGUUCACAGGGAUAUCAAAGCGAGCAAUAUUCUCCUCGAUAGGGAUCUGACGCCCAAAAUAUCUGAUUUUGGCCUUGCCAAGCUCAUUCCAGCGAACAUGACUCAUGUCAGCACCCGGGUUGCUGGUACAUUAGGGUAUUUGGCACCUGAGUAUGCCAUAAACGGGCGGUUGACACGGAAAGCAGAUAUCUACAGCUUUGGGGUCCUCCUAGCGGAAAUAGUCUGUGGGAGGAACAACACCAAUACAAGAUUACCAGUCGAAGAGCACUAUCUCCUCGAAAGGGUAUGGGAACUUCACGAGCGGAGAGAGCUCGUUGGACUAGUAGAUGCAUCACUAAAAGGGGACUUUGAUGCUGAGGAGGCCUGUAGGUUCUUGAAGGUCAGCCUCCUCUGCACGCAAGACAACCCCAAGCACCGACCUUCCAUGUCAACAGUCGUGAAGAUGCUCGCUGGUGAGUUUCGCAUAGAUGACGAUAAAAUCAAGAAGCCAAUCCUAAUCACCGACUUCAUGGAUCUCAAAGUGCGGGGCCCACCGAAACCGUCGGAUUCCAAGAGCACUUCCUAUGCUGCUUCCUCUGCGUCAGAGAACCAGAUGACUUCCAACUACUCAUCGGAUAACUCGGCUAGUGGUGGUGGGAAUAUGGCUUUCUCGGGUUUAUUCAACCGGAGCACCUGAUUGAUUAGUUUCUUCCUCUCUUUUAGAGUCCCAGUUGUGGUUUGUUUAUCGGGGCCUGGUCUUCCGGUGUAAAAUUGUACAUUCCUGGCAGUUCGAUUUUCCGCGCGUGUUCCGUGCUAGAAAUUGAACCUAGCCUGAGGUGCACUCUCCUUGUAAAUCUACAGGUGGCUUGAAUCAAUUCUGAUGUCUCCGCCCCCAAUCUCCGGAACUGACACCUUGAUGCCUAUGGGACUUUCUUGAGGAGGAAGCAAAUGUUAGGCUGUAUGGAAAUGGUUCGCUAAAGUAAAGGGUCCGAGUUCCGCCGACCAUUAUCUAUGCAUUUGGCAAUUGCAUA